GUGGGCACCGAAAUCCAACUCACUCAUGCUUAUUUCCUGUAAUGGACAAAUUUGAUGCUAAUGUGAGUUCCAAGGAGGGUUUCGGGUCAGUGGAGAAGGUCGUGCUGCUCACGUUUCUCUCGGCGGUUAUCCUGAUGGCCAUCUUGGGGAACCUGCUGGUGAUGGUAGCUGUGUGCUGGGACAGGCAGCUCAGGAAAAUAAAAACAAAUUAUUUCAUUGUAUCUCUUGCUUUUGCGGAUCUGCUGGUUUCGGUGCUGGUGAUGCCCUUUGGUGCCAUUGAGCUGGUUCAAGACAUCUGGAUUUAUGGGGAGAUGUUUUGUCUUGUUCGGACAUCUCUGGACGUCCUGCUCACAACAGCAUCGAUUUUUCACCUGUGCUGCAUUUCCCUGGAUAGGUAUUACGCCAUCUGCUGCCAGCCUUUGGUCUAUAGGAACAAGAUGACCCCUCUGCGCAUUGCAUUAAUGCUGGGAGGCUGCUGGGUCAUCCCCACGUUUAUUUCUUUUCUCCCUAUAAUGCAAGGCUGGAAUAACAUUGGCAUAAUUGAUUUGAUAGAAAAGAGGAAGUUCAACCAGAACUCUAACUCUACGUACUGUGUCUUCAUGGUCAACAAGCCCUAUGCCAUCACCUGCUCUGUGGUGGCCUUCUACAUCCCAUUUCUCCUCAUGGUGCUGGCCUAUUACCGCAUCUAUGUCACAGCUAAGGAGCAUGCCCACCAGAUCCAGAUGUUGCAACGGGCAGGAGCCUCCUCUGAGAGCAGGCCUCAGUCAGCAGACCAGCAUAGCACUCACCGCAUGAGGACAGAGACCAAAGCAGCCAAGACCCUGUGCAUCAUCAUGGGCUGCUUCUGCCUCUGCUGGGCACCAUUCUUUGUCACCAAUAUCGUGGAUCCUUUCAUAGACUACAGUGUCCCUGGGCAGGUGUGGACCGCUUUCCUCUGGCUCGGCUAUAUCAAUUCCGGGUUGAACCCUUUUCUCUACGCCUUCUUGAAUAAGUCUUUUAGACGUGCCUUCCUCAUCAUCCUCUGCUGUGAUGAUGAGCGCUACCGAAGACCUUCCAUUCUGGGCCAGACUGUCCCUUGUUCAACCACAACCAUUAAUGGAUCCACACAUGUACUAAGGAAAGACUUUCUGUUUGGCAGAGACAUUUUAGCAAGGCAUUGGACAAAGCCUGUCAGAGUGGGUCCAUUCUCAGGCACAUUGAGCAUUAGAUGUUUGACUGUCAGGAAGCCUGUUUUGGGGGAUGCAGUGGAGUGUGGUGGCCAAUGGGAGAGUCAGUGUCACCCGCCAGCAACUUCUCCUUUGGUGGCUACUCAGCCGAGUGACACUUAGGCCCCUGGGACAAUGACCCAGAAGACAGCCAUGCCUCCGAAAGAGGGCCAGGUCCUAAGCUGCUGCUUGCGCGCGACUGCACCCGGUAUUCUCUUCACCUGAGGCCUUCCUUCCGCCGGUGCAGGAACCCGGUGCACGCUGGGCUUUUCCUCCGAGAUUCCAGCAGGUGGCGCUGGAGGGAGUCAGAGGACAUAAUGGCCGCCUUGUUCACUUUUUAUUUCCCAGCACUCCCUCUUCCCAGAUUCUCUGCUCUUGCCGCAUGGUCUCUGGUGUCUCUGACAUGUUCCCGUCACUCACUGUGUCUGGUCUGUCUCACUCACGUUCUAAGCACGAUAGCUUGUUGUGUCCUAUCGCGGUCACUGAUGUCUCCAAACACACCUUCUUUGCUGUGUGGGCUCACAGAUAUCAACAAAAUACUCCCUCUCUGCUUCUGUCUUAGCCAGAGUCCUCGCUCCUGUCUUGCUUACUUGCUUGGUCACGUCCGUCACAGCCAUGUUCAAGCUAUCCCCUGUCUCUUCUUCACCCUGUUCUGUGCCAGACGCUAACACAGUUUUCUCCCUGUGUCUGGGUCCAAACGUGCAUCCUCUUGGCCGGCCCCCUUGUCAGUCCCAGACAUCCAUUUGCUCUUCCUUAUGUCCAAUGUCCGUCCUCCUCUUCAGGACAUGCUCCAUAUAUUUUCCAUGGAAGACACAGGGUCAGAGAUCUGUCAGAGGAAAAUGGUCUCCACAGCAACUCCGGAGGGAAACUGAAGACAGAUAGCUUCCCCCUGGUGUCCUGGCCGCUGGCGUGUCUGCCCUGAGAUGCUCACUGUCCUGCUGGGCUAGAACGGGACAUCUUCUAAAGAGCCUUGGGCAGGGCUAGCAACAUAGUAGGUGUUUAUUAGGCUUCAAGAUCUUUCCCAUGAACUUGUGAUGUCAUUUUAAAACCUUUCAAUCUGGCUUUGUUGCUCCCAAAGGAAGAGAACUGUUGGAAGUUAACACUGGGUAGACUCAUUUUCCCCUACAGCUCCCCCCAGGUGCAGGAGGGCAGGAUCCAGCAGUACUGGGGAUGCGUAGGCAAUACUGGACUUGAAGCCAGAGGACCCAAGUUGCCGCCCUGGCUGUGCUGCUAACAAGCUGUGAGAUCUUGAAUACUGUUUUUUCAUCUCUGGACCCCACUUGCCACAUCUGUGCGCUCAAGCUUGGACUAGAGGAUCUUUAAGUUUUCUUUCUGUUUCUAGGACAACAGGAUGCUGCUAUAGCCGUCUGCUACCUCGAGAAGCCAUGGCCUGCCUGCCUUCUGGCUUUGUUUCAAAGGAAAGACCCUCCUCAUUUGGGCCUUUUAGACCCCUGACCUUUCCAGCUUUUUCAUUUAGAUUAACCUGGAUGUCUUUUAUUCAAAGCUGAUCAGUGGCUCUUGCGAAUGCCCCAGAGCAAAAGUCCCUGGAAGGUAAAUGCCAAACCCAGAGCCAUGUGAGAUUCUGACUUUGAUCUUGGCUGUGGUUUGAUAGCAUCUCAGGAUUAUUUAUCAUACUUUCCUUUUUUCUUGUUGCUUAUGAAGUGUCAGUUAUUGUUUCCAUUGUUGUUUACUUUAGUUCUGGAACUGAAACUGACAGGAAGAAACUUUGGAAUAAGGAAGAGAAGAUUGACCAAACCAUCGAAAUGCCAAAAAG